UAUCCUUUCGCUUCUUUUAAUUGCUUUUUUACAUUUAUAUGCGCACGUGUACACAUUUUAUAUGUAUGUACUGUCAUUUGAGGUACCAAACGUAACCUUGAAAAGGCCACCCCGAAGCAUAAGUUCAAUCAUAGCGGGUGAAGUAAUAUUUUUUUUUUUAUCUAUCAUAAAUCUUAAGAAUUAUAUUGUGAUUUCUGAUUGUAGACAAUCUUUGAUAAAAAUGUCUUUGUAAAAGAUCGAAAAAUUAUUGAAAGUGAAGUUUAGUUGCUGAUAUAGGUGCAAAUCAUAGGUUAGAAUAUAAUACGAUACAUUAGUUAAAAAACUACGAAAAAUGUUUUUAAGAAAUUAGGCAGUGAAUGCCAGCGUUACAUGCAAUAAUUAUUUUAUUAAAAUCAACAUGGUACAACGUUCAGUGGCGCCUAGGCGCAAUGUUAGAAUUCUAUUAAUUGGUGAUCGCGGAGUCGGCAAGACCUCUUUAAUAUUAUCUUUAGUUAGUGAAGAAUAUGCAGAAGAUGUACCCUGUAAAGCGGAAGAAAUUACUAUUCCGGCUGACGUUACACCGGAACAAGUACCAACACACAUUGUAGAUUAUUCAGCUGCUGAACAAACUGAAGAUCAGUUAACUGAUGAAAUUCAAAAAGCACAUGUAAUUUGUGUUGUAUAUUCUGUAGUUGAUGAAGAUACUUUGGACAGGGCAGCUACUUAUUGGUUACCAUUGAUUAGACGUUGUUCAUCAAAUAAUCGUUGUCCAGUUGUCCUUGUGGGAAAUAAAAUUGAUCUCGUUGACUAUUCUACAAUUGAGGCUGUAUAUCCUAUAAUGAAAGAAUUCACUGAAAUUGAGAGUUGUAUUGAGUGUUCUGCCAAAACAUUACAAAAUGUUUCAGAAACAUUUUAUUAUGCACAAAAAGCUGUUUUACACCCUACCACACCACUUUAUAAUUAUGAUACUCAGGAGCUUACUGAAGAAUGUAAAAUAGCACUACAAAGAAUUUUUAAAAUAUGUGAUUUAGACAAUGAUGGCUUGCUAAAUGACAUGGAACUAAAUGCAUUUCAACAAUGGUGCUUUAAUACUCCAUUACAACCACAAGUAUUGGAGGAUGUAAAGGCUGUAUUAUCAAAAAAUAUUCAAGAUGGCAUUUGUUGUGGAUGUGUUACUAUGAAAGGUUUUAUGUAUCUUCAAUGUUUAUUUAUACAACGAGGAAGAAAUGAAACAACAUGGGCUGUGUUAAGAAAAUUUGGUUAUGACAAUGAAUUACAAAUGUCAAAAGAAUAUAUAUAUCCACCAUUAAAGAUUCCAGUUGGAUGUACGACUGAAUUAUCACAUAAAGGACAAGAAUUUUUAACAUUAUUAUUUAUGCAACAUGAUCGAGAUCGAGAUGGUGCGCUUUCUCCAUUAGAAAUGGAAUCAUUGUUUUCACGAUGUCUAACUCCACCUUGGGGAGAUGAAUAUAAAUAUAUUGUACCAACUAAUGAAAAGGGAUGGAUUACAUUUCAAGGAUAUAUGUGUCAAUGGUCAUUAUUGACUCUUACAAAUGUACGAAAAACAUUAGAAUACAUGGCAUAUUUAGGUUAUAACAUGUAUAAUAAUGAAUGUCAAACAAAUGCGGUUCUAGUUACUCGUGAAAAAAAGUUAGAUUUAGCAAAAAAACAAUCAAGUAGAAAUGUUUAUAGUUGUCAUGUAAUUGGUCCAAAAAGUAGUGGAAAAACAACAUUAUGUAGGACAUUUAUUGACCCUAAGCUCGAGAAAUUAACCGAAGAAGUUGUGCCGCCGAGUUCGCAUAUUACUGUAAAUACAGUGCAUGUGUAUGGUCAGGAAAAGACAAUAAUUUUACGAGAUAUAAAUAUACUUAAUGUUCAAGAUGCUCUAACUCCAGCACAAAUUCAAUGUGAUGUGGCAGCUCUUGUUUAUGAUGCUAGUAAUCCCAAAUCAUUUGAGUAUAUUGCACGGAUUUAUAUUAAAUAUUUUGCAGAUAGUAAGAUUCCUGUUCUUAUAAUAGCAAAUAAAAGUGAUCUUUCCGAAGUAAAACAAGAUUACUUGCUACAGCCAAUAAGUUUUUGUAAUAAAUACAAAUUAAUGCCACCGCAACCUUAUAGUAUCUCCCGUACAGUACGACGUGAAAUCUUCGUUAAAUUAGCAACAAUGGCAGCUUUCCCCCGCUUUCAAGGAGCAUGGGUAUUAUUUUACAGAGACAGUCGUUUGAGGCGAAUGGUCCACAUGUUGCUUGUCAAACCCUCACCCACUCAGUGGUGGAAUUCUUUUACAAGACAUAUAAAUCAAUUUGGAUUACUACAAGGAGAUUCAAUUGUCUGGUGGAAAGCUGGUCUUGGAAUUGCAGUUGCUACCGUUGCAGGUUUUGUGGUGAUGCGUGUCUUAAAUACAGAAAAAAGAUAGUCUACCAUAUUCCUUUUCUUGCACAUUUAACUGCCUCUUUACUUCAAGUAUAAAGCCGUCUUUAAGAAACGCGUUAAGUUAAUAAACAAUGUUCUUAAAUCAGUAAUUUUUUAUAUGUCCUUGAUUAUUUCAUAAUAAGGAUCAGAACAUUUUAUUUAUAAUUUAAUCUUCUGAAACAUACCAUUUCAUAUGAAUGAUUAAUUUUUAUGUUUGUAUCCAUUUUGACAUUUCAUCCACAUAUCAUGAUAAGCUUUGCAUGUA